UUGGAGCCGAGGGCUUGCUCGCUGAAGGGGUCAUGCGUGCCGGCGGGUCCCCAGGGUGGCCCCGGGCAGGCUGCACGGUGCCGGGGGGACGCCGCUGCCCCGACUGCAGCUCCGGGGCGCUCGUGGAGGACUCGCACUAUUCUCAGAGUCAGCUGGUGUGCUCCGACUGCGGCUGCAUCGUCACCGAGGGCAUCCUCACCACCACCUUCGCUGACGAGGGCAACCUCCGAGAGGUAGCAUAUAGCCGAAGCACCGGAGAAAAUGAGCAAGUUAGCCGCAGCCAGCAGCGAGGCCUCCUUCGAGUGAGAGACCUCUGUCGACUUCUGCGGUUGCCGUCGACAUUUGAGGACACUGCAAUUGCUUACUACCAAAAAGCAUACCGUCACCCUGGCAUCCGUGCUGCCAGGCUGCAAAAGAAGGAGGUGUUGGUGGGCUGCUGUGUCUUGAUCACCUGCAGGCAGCAUAACUGGGCCCUAACCAUGGGAACCCUCUGCACCAUGAUCUAUGCCGACUUGGAUGUGUUUUCUGGCGCCUACAUGCAGAUAGUGAAGCUUCUGGGCCUGGAUGUGCCAUCUCUGUGCUUGGCGGAGCUGGUGAAGACGUACUGUAGCAGCUUCAAACUGUUCCAGCCCACCCCGUGUAUGCCAGCCAAGUUUGUGGAAGACAAAGAGAGGAUGCUGUCGCGGACAUUGCAGAUAGUGGAGCUGGCGAAUGACACAUGGCUGGUGACUGGGCGACACCCUCUGCCAGUCAUCACUGCAGCUGCUUUCCUGGCCUGGCAGUCCCUACACCCAUCAGGACGUCUGGCGUGUUCCCUUGCCCGGUUUUGUCAAGUGGCAAAUGUGGAUCUGCCCUACCCUGCUGCUGCCCGCCUGCAGGAGCUGCUGGCUGUGCUGCUGAAGAUGUCUGAGCACUUAGUCUGGUUGCGGAUCUUGAAACUCAACAAACGCUCUGUGGUGAAGCACAUUGAGGACCUUCUGCAGCACCGCCACACUCUGAUCCACAAGGCCUUUCUGGAUGGAACAGGAGAGAGGGAGGCCCAAUCGAGUGGCCCACAGCCAAGGAUGGAAGAGGAGGUGGGGAAUAGUUCCUUAGAUUUGCCUCUGGGGAAGCGCCCAGCUAGUCCUGGCCUUCUCCUCCCUCCUUGCAUGCUGAAGCCCCGAAAGCAGCCCCGUCUCCCACCCACUGUUCGCCCAGUCACUGGAGAUGAGGAUAUCUCUGACAGUGAGAUAGAGCAGUAUCUGCGCAGCCCCGAGGAAGUUGAGGACUUUCAGAGAGCCCAAGCUGCUGGACUGGCCACCAAGGAUGUUCCUAACCAGCCCUGAUGCACACCCCACAUGCGCUCUUCACACCCCAUUCUGACAGCAGCUUGAUAACGGGCCCAAUCGUUUCUAGAUAAAUUCAUUAUUUCUUGGGUUUUGUUUGUUAUUUCUUGUGUGAAGGAACCCAGAACGGCAGUAUGAUGCGUUCAGCCCCAGGUUCUGAGUAGAAGUCAGGACGCAGGGAAUGACCAUGGGUACUCCCAUGGUGACCAGAGCCACCUCGAUGUCCGAGAGCAAGUUACAUACGUUCAUUUGCAGGGGGGUGGCUUUGUUCUUACGCCAUUGGGAAAGUAUUACGUGCGCUUCUGCUCACACUUUGAAUUAGACACGCUGCUGCCUCUGCAGACCUGAUGGGUUUCCCUGCUGUUGGCGGAACCUAGGGCAUUUCCAGUGGUAGCACCCUUCAGGAGCAGGCACAGGUGUCUGUCCGUUCACAGGUGUUGGUCUUUGUGUGUGUGGUGUUGUGAGAUUCCUCAUAAUAAAAGAAUCGUUGGUGUA